AUGACAGACGAGGAAAGGUUUAAGGUCGGUAUAACUGUGAAUAUUUUCCCUCCCAGAGGUGAUCAAAGUCAAAAUUCGACAAAACUUCCCAAAUUAAUUUUGUUAAAUGAUGAAAACCAUGCAGAUAGCAGCAAAUGAGAAUACUGAAGAGGUUUCAUUUGAAUAGUAACACCAUAGGAUUUUGUCUACAGAUUCAAAUCAUCAGCAGUAUCAUACAUCAUCGCCUUUUUUAUCCUCAGAUUUACAGUGUAGCUCUUAAAGCUAAUAUCUCCAAGAUAGAAGAAAUAAAUAUUUAAUUAAAGUAAUCAUUAGCCUAAAAUAAAUAAUGAAAUAAAAUAAAAUAAAUGAAAGGAAGUUAGAAGUUAGAACUACAUACUAAAUAAAUAGUACCAUGCGAAAUUACUGCUGAAGAGGUUUCAUUUGAAUGGUAACACCAUAGGAUUUCAUCCACAGACUCAAAAGUUAGAACCGCCUCCGUCUCCAUUACUUAAUCUGGGAAUUAAGGUGAAAGAAAUGUUCUGGAAAUGGAGGUUAAAUAACACUGAGACGUUUCGUUUUAACGUAAAGUGGAUUGUGUCUAUGACAAUCGGCAUGUUCUAACAUCCACAAGACCGGAACACAAAAUUUGAGGGCGGGGGGUAAACAAGUUGCAUCAUGGUCUUUGUGAAAAUGGUGAAUAGGUAAAAACACAAAUAGAAACCCUAACCCUAAUCUGUACCGUACUUGUUUCUCAAGGAUUGUGAGCGAUUUAUAGUCAAGUGUAAACGCUCCAGCUGUGGUCAAGAGACGACCCUUGAACUCCUCUUUAAAGGCGCCGUAAGUACACUUUUAACAGUUAAUGUUCAUUUACAGUUUAACAUCAAAUGAUAUUAUUUCCUUCAGUCAUAGAGCUUAUAUUUUACACUAUUCAGGGGUAUAAGGUUAAGCACAUUCAAUGCAUGAGUUAUAGCUGAACAGGGAUCUGUAAAUUAAAGUCAAAUCCGCAAUUUUCCAUUUUCGAAAACAAGCAAUGUCGAUCCCAAGCCUUUAGCAGAGGUAGGUGUAGUUUAUGUUCUGGAUUAAGGAUUACCAACAGGAAAAAGGUAUAUAACAGUUCAAAAACAGAUUUAACAAGCUUUUAAAACAUUUAUAAUUGUUGUUUUUAUUGAAGCAACCAAACGAAGCACAUUACAAGGUUGUAUAGUUGAGAAACCACAAGUGCACAACAUUUGUGGAGAUACGCUCGUGGUUACAGAAAGUUUAAACUUUUUAUAAUUCGUUUAGUAAGAUAAGGACCUAAAAUUGAACGUAUAAAGUUUUAGGUCUUAAAUUAAUACUUCGCACCAAUUUUUUUGUAGUCGAACGCACUGGCAGUCAACGAUACAUGUCCCGGAUGUAACAAUCAGUACAGCGCGGGCGCAGUUUCCAACCAGUUGAACAUUGCCAUGCGCAGACACAUCAAGGAAUACUACAUGGUAACUGAAGCAAUUUUGUGAAGUGCUCACUUUUUGCAACUGCAGUUGUAUACAGUGGAACCUCGAUUUAAUUAAAUAAGUGCCAAGGGACAGGGGAAAGUUGUUCGUUAUAUCGAGGGUUCGUUAUAUCGAAAAUCUUGAUAUCACCUCGACACAAGUUUUAUCCUUUCGCAUUUAUCUUUAGUUAUCUUUCGGUCACAUGCUGACAUUUGUUCGUUAUAUCGAGGUAUACUAUACGUUUGCGUUUCUAGAUUGUGUUCGUUAUAACGACGAUUUCGUUAAAUCGAGUUUCUGUUCCAUACAUUUUACUGUAAUUUUGGCCGGGCUGAUGGAAAUCGUUCUUUAUACCGAGGACUUCAUUAUAUAGAGGUUCGUUAAAUCGAAGUUCCACUGUAAUAAAAAUAACAAAGUAACUCGUACGGCUUUUUGUGGGCUUUACACCAAGGAUCAAGGAUAAGCACUUAGUCAGUUAGUGCACGGCCUUCUGUGAUGGAGGGUCCGAGUUUGAUUCCCAGAUGUGACCCCAAAUCCUUCUUUCAACUUCUUUCCUUUCCGUGUAGCUUUAGGUGGCUUUAAAAAGCGUUUAAACGGGGCACUGAUGGAGAGCAGGGCCCAGUUGUUCGAAGGCCGAUUAGCGCUAACCCAGAGUCCAAUUUUAACCUGGGUUUCUUUUUCUUUUGUUCAAAAGCAUUUUCCCGGGGAAUUUUCUCUCUCUUUUUUAGAGCAUCCAAUCAUCAAUCGCAGGCAAAAAGAAUACAACUGAAUUUGCUUCUUAAGCUUUCAUAUAUGAAAUCAAAUUUCGCACUAACCCUGGGUUAACUUAACCCUGCUUUGAACAACCCGGCCCAGGAAGUAAAAAUGAGCUAACGACGUAAGCUACGGAGGACUUUUAUACCUCUACCUAUUUAUAUGCACUUCUUGCUUAAAUGGAUAAUACAUCCUCAAAUGCGACCUUUGUUGGAGUAGCAAGAAUGCGACCAUCAACAAGUGUCGUACGAGAGGGUUUUGAUAAUGAUGCCAAUCUUAAGGAUAUUUUCCUCAGUUUGUAGAAGACCUUUUUAGCCGUAUGUUUUGUCUUCUCAAUUUAGACCCUUGACCUUAAAUUGUACAAGAAUUGUUUCUUAACCUUGCCUAAACAAGUUUGUGCACUCUAAAUCAGAAAGAUCUGUUUUAGCCCUAAAAACAGUGCCUUUUCGGUGACUAAAAUACAGUCCUAUUUUUGGGUCUAAUUUGGCUCCCUUAAAUCAGGGCCAAUACAGUCCAAUUAGCUAGGGCUGAUUUGGUCCCAGGGCUGAAAUGGGCCCUACCGUGGGCUGGAAUAGCCUUUUGAUAGAUCUUUUUUGGCCUAAAUUGUGCUCAAAUGGCUCCAGGAAGGGCUGAACCAGACUUUGGCCUGCAGGGCUGAAUUGACACUUUGGGGUUUAAACAGAUCUUUUUAAUUUACAGUGUGCGUUCUCUUAAGUAACAAUACGAAGAUGGCUGUGAACAGUCUCUUUGCAUAAAAAUUCCCUUGUUAUUAUGUUGUUGAUUUUUAUUCAGCUUUGAAGACAUAGGAAUCAAAACUAACCCACAUUAUAACUAAUCGCACAGAGUUGGCAGAAAUGCGAGGACCCGUCCUGUGGUUACAGCACACGUCAAGUACCCCUGACACGUCAACGAGGCGCCCCUAUGUGCCCACAAUGCUUCAGGGCCCACUUGCAUCCAGUGGUGAGUAUAAAACUAAAACAAAGACAACCAUGACCGUGCAAAAUUUUUCUUUGACUCUGUUGGUAUUAUCAGCUAAAACUAUGUUCAAACGGACGGGGUCAACAAUGUUUGGAGUUGUUGCGUCUGUGUUGGCAGUGGAGUGCGCACGGAUGCAACAACUCCCAACAAUUUUAGGACCUGCAGUGCAUCGUGGGAAGGAUACAACCCAUAAGACUUUGAAGACCAUGUGUAAUCUGCGUGCGUGGCUCCAGCAAUUAAUGUUGAAAGAGGUUUGCAAACGGAUUCAACAUUGUUGCGCUACGCUUCGGCGAUCACAAAGCAAAAGAAAUCUUGGGAGUUGUUGGCUCAAAAUUUUGUUGGCCAACAAGUUUGCGUCCGUUUGAACGCGGAGCCAUGGAUGGCGGAGUGGUGAGAGCACUCGCCUCCCACCAAUGUGGCCCAGGUUCAAAUCCCGGCGUCGAUGCCAUAAUAUGAGUUGAGUUUCCUCCGAGAGGUUUUUCUCGGGGUACUCCCGCUUUUCCUCUCUCCUCAAAAACCAACAUCUCCAAAUACCAAUUCCACAGGAAUCAGGUAGACGAAGAACCGCUUUGUGGAUGUGCUAUCUCCAAAUCAUUAUUUAUUUAUUUUAUUUUAACAAUUAUUUAUUAAUCAUGACUAUAAUAAAAUUCUCAAAUCUGAUUGGCUGUCAACUGCACUGAUUUCAGCCUUAAUAGGACAGUACGCGUCAUGCGUAAGUAAUUAGGCUGAUUUAGCAACAGAACGGGAAGGUCGGUUGACAGUGGUGAGCGCAAAUCAAACAACUGGCUUGACCAAAGGCUGAGCGGUAAAUUGGGCACCAGAAGUCGAGUUGAGUCUUUUUCGCGCGAUUUUCCGUAGUCAAGUGACGUUUCCGUUCUGUUGCUAAAUCAGCCUAUUGGACAGUACGCGCCAUCACGCGCGCGAUUAAAUAGCUGGUUUUCACUGCUAGAGAAAAAGAUCGUGGAAUUUCUUGUGUUUUGAUUAAACGAAAGAGCCUUAUAUAUCACAAAUUUUGUCAAAAUUAUGAUAAAUUGGUAACAGAACUUCGUGUUGUCCAAUUCGGUCUGUAAUCAUACUCGUGAUUAAACAAAUCGUACUCCCGCUACGCGGUCAUCCGAUUUUGUUAAUCGUAUGAUUACAGACCGAAUUGGACUCCACUCUGUCCUGUUUCCAUUACUUAUUUAUUUAUUUAAGUAUUUAUUUAUUUAAUAUUUCGUGGCCUAACUCCUUUAGUGGUUGCCAAAUUGUUUUGUUUUCAGUUCUCCGACACAGCGUUGUACACUCAACUAUUGUACUUCUCCCGCUUGUUUGACUUCGAUCACGCGGUGAAAAAUUCAAAAACAGGUCAGUAUUUUGAGUAAGUGCCGAGUGUGAGUGAAAACGUUAUUUACCCACGGUAGUUUCAUCAAAUAACUUUACGAUAAACUAUCUGUUCUUCUCGAAAGCCGUGCUUAAGAAAUUCAAUUACAUAAAAAUAUGUUUAUAUCUAAAACUAAAGCGGCUAAGAAGAGAUCGCGCACUCUAUAAACUAAGAAAGGAGAGAAUUUAUAGUGGUUGACUGAGAUAGUAUGUACGACUUAAUCUUCGCCUUGAAUUUUGCAGAAAAGUCUCUUUCUUUGAACAAGAAGGGAGGGAACCCCAAAGCUCAACAGCCGCAAAAGCAAAACUAUUCUUAAAAUAGUUUGUUCUUGCUUUGGGCAGGUGGAAGGACAACUUAACCUUCAACGGUUGACGUAAACCUGAGCGCCCAUUUCUUUCGUCAACACUUACGUUUCUCCUUACGUUCGCUUUUCACCCGUGUGAACGGGAACAACUCAAACGCAAGCACAAAUGCAAGUUGGAAAGUGCUCAACUGUCAUGUUGGGUUACAGAAUGAUCAAGUGCACUUUUGUAUCUCUGUGCCUGUGUUUGCGUUGGACGUGGGAAAUUGUCUGCCUCGUUCCUAGGCGUCUCAAAUGUGUUUGGAAAACGGAACAUGCGACUUCGAGCGAGAGUAUCGCGCAAUGAACCAUGGGAACGUUUAGCGUUGACGCAAAGGACGUUGGAAAGGGUGAACGCCUUUCCCAUGAUACCGUGAUCCAGUGGCUCUCCAAUCCGCUAGAACAAGCGUGGGUAAGAGGCAAGAAACCUGUGCUUCCGCCGGCAAAGCAAAUAUUAAAUGUUUCCAAGGAAGUUGUAGAAAGCACAAUUUUUAUCCACACCAUGGAAUAAAAAAAUCUUUAUUAUCAUUAUUAUUAUUAUUAUUAUUAUUAUUAUUUACUCAUUUAUUUGAUUUGACCUUUAAACAAUCUGUUCAAAUUCUUUUCGUCUGAUCUUUUUUUAGCUGUGGGCGUAACACAGACUACGAAGUCAUUUUACAAAGCUGUGCACUCAGUGAUUACCAAAGUCCUAACUGCUAAUGGUUACUCUGAAGUGAACCUUUCGAAAUUGUUUAGUAGUUUCUUCGUGUAGAAACAGUGAAAAAGUUC